CGUGGGUGUCGGACGGACGUUGUUUGUCCGAGGUUUGUUUUUUUUUUUCUCUCUCUCUCUUUUCGGUCCGCGCUUCUUUUCCGUCGGUUUUUACGAUUCCGGCCCGCCCGCCCGUGACGACUACAAUAAUAGUACCGAAUAUUAUUCGGUCUCCGUCCCCGCGGCGCGGCACACCGCACUAACCGCCGCCCGUUCGCGACAACGAUACCGCCGAUAGCAACGGCACUCGCGCCAUCAUGUCGUCCGUGAUCAACGUCCGGCUGAACGAAAAGAUGACGCUGCGGUUCGUCGAGCUGUACCGCGACCAGCGGCUGCUGUGGGACAAGGAACACGAGGCGUACAACAAACGGACGGACCGGUUGCGCGCGUACCGGCGCAUCGCGGACGGCAUGGCGGUCGACGGGCUGGGCGUGCCCGAGGUGGCCAGCAAGAUCAAAAACAUCCGGUCCACGUAUCUGCAGGAGCUGAAGAAGAUCAAGGACUCGGCGCACCGGCACCUGGUGCUGUCCGAGGAGGACGGCGACGCCGCGUCCCCGUACGUGCCGAAACUCGCGUGGUUCCCGAUUAUCGACUCGAUGAUCGGCGGCGCGGCCGUCAAGCGGCUCUACUCGUCACCGUCCACCGCCGAAAUGCUGGUGAGUAUAUUAGUCAUGUGCGGAAAUCGGUCGCCGAGUUCGCCAACCCCCCCCCCCCCCCCCCCCCCCCCCCCCCCCCCNCCCCUCGUGACCGCGCGGUGUUUUCAUCCGUCCGGCGGUUUCCGGAAAACAGCACCGCGAAAAACGUCGCGCACGGCCCGGCGGACACCGAGAUCAGCGCCAACCCUCCGGGUCGCACUCGUCGAACGAUCCGGUUUCUCGUACCGUUCCGUUCUCCGGGCCGCCGUAAACCGCCGGCACUGUUCAAUGCGAUUGUAUUCGAGUUUGCGAAAUGCGAUACAGGCCGCGCGGUGUCUCCGGGUGUCCGACGGCCUUAUUUCCGUUUCGUUUCGCUUAUCGGGUGUCCGCCGCGUUCCGUGUCAGUGGCGGCCGUCGGCGUUUCCCGGCCUAUUUCCAUACGCGUAACCGCCGCCGAACAAGUCGUUUUCAACCGAAUACAGCGGCGAGCUCGCUUUUCCCGCCGUCGCGCCUUUCUUCCCGCGUUUCGGGAAACUGCUGCACCAGACGUUCCGCGUGCUCGGCGCGAUCCCCGGCACACGUUCGGUUCGAUCCGUCGCCGAGCCCGUUACGAACGCGCGUCCCGUGCGUAAUCCGUCGCAACGGUUUUUCCGGCCGCGUAAAACGCCGCGCGUAUUAUCAACGCCCGUCCGUACUACCGGUCCGCGGCCGCUCGUUAAAAUACCCCGCGCGCACGCUUGCCAACCAUCGCGUGUACUCGACGGCGUCCCUCCGUACGGGAAAAAACGCGCGGAGACCCGUGUAACAUUGCACAGUAUUUACGGUUUUUUUUUUUUUUCCCCCGCCCCCUCGCCAGUCGAUAGAUUACGCCGAAGACGAAGAGGGCUAUUCCAGUUAUUCGUACGCGGACAACGGCGGCGACGCGACCGUCAGCACCGGCAAAAGACACCAUCCGCAUCAGUCGCACCAUCUGCACGAGCCCCCGGACGACUCGCCGCCGCCGCCCGCGAAAAGAUUCGUGUACGAAAAGCAACAGUCGUCCAUCGAACUGUUCUCCAAGUACAUGGCCACGUCGUUGGAGACGCUACAGCCGCGGCAGGCCGUACGGGCCCAGAAGGAAAUGCACGACGUGCUGGUCAAGUACAAGCUAAUGGAAUUCGAGGACCAAUAACGAGCCGAGCGGAAACGACGACAUCCGCCGCCCAUGCUUGCCCCGCGUCCAAUGUCCUACCGGUUCUCCUCCGGUCCUACCGCCGUUCCAUAUUGUUAUAUGAUACAUUACUAUUUACACGUUGUUAUGUAAGAAAAAUAAUGCGUUUUCGACUGUAUACAAAAUAUAUUACUUUUAUUGUGUGCGUAUGAAAA